CAUUAGUAACCAGUUCCAUUAGUGCUGCGUAUUGUGUCACGGUACCCGCGACCGACGAGCUAAGCUGUUAAAGUUAUUCAGCCGUGAAGCCUGUAGUCGGACUUGGAAUUCGGUGUUGUUCUGUGUGCGCCUAUUACAUUUAUUGUGCUCGGUGUGUUUGGUGUUGUGUGGUGCCUUUUUAGUGGAAAAAAAGGCUCAAAGUGGUGUUGUGGUGUUGUGCAAAGUGUUGCGAAUUUCAGUCUGAUGUGGAUUUCAAUAUAAUUGUCGAAUAGAUUAGCAAAAACAAAGUUAAUCACGCGAUGAAGAUAAUCACAGGAACGCUGCUGCUAUCGGCAGUCUGGGCUUCUAUCGUCCAAGCCGAUAUAAAAAGCUGCCCAGGUCAUUGCACUUGUACUUUCGAAGGUGCCAACGGAGUAGGUGCUUACUGCUCGAAACUGAACGUAACCGAACAACGAUUCGCCGGGCUUAUUCAGCAUUUGAAUAUAAUCAAUCAAAACAUUUCGCAUUUCUCCCUCAGCGACAAUAUCUUCGGCCAGUUGGGCUUGAAAGACUUGGAAUCUAUUAAAAUAGUCAACAGUUCAUUGGACGACAUCUCAGUGAAAGCUUUCCAAGGCUUAGCGCAACUCUUCGACGUGAAUUUAUCCGAUAACUUGAUAUUCCUCAUUCAUCCGGAUACCUUCGCCAAUAACACCAAUUUACGUAGACUGAAAUUGAGCGGUAAUCCGUUACAAUUGACUCAGCUGCUGAAAACGCCUCACGAGUACCUGUUGAGAUCAUCGUCGCUGACCGAUUUAGAUUUAUCUAAUUGCCAACUCGCUCAAAUCUUACCGAAAACCUUUUCUCAGUUGAAGAACUUAGUUUUCAUUAAUUUAUCGUCGAAUUAUCUGAAAGCUAUACCGAAGGAUGUAUUCGAAGGAUUGGAUUCUUUGGAAGAUCUCGACCUAUCCAACAACCAGAUCGGUAAAAUAGAUAAAAAUGCUUUCAAAUUGAAUAAAAAUCUAUCCGUAUUGAAAGUGAAGAAAAACCCAAUCGAGACGAUCAGUGGAAUCAAUCUACCCGAAUUGGAAGAGUUGCACUUGAGCGAAUGUAAAUUACGAGUCUUGAUGAAAGAAACCAUCGAAGGUAUGCCUUUGCUUUCGCAACUGUACCUGAACUCGAAUCAAAUCGAAUUAAUUAGUGACGAUUCGUUCGCUGAUCUGAGCGAAUUGAAGGUUUUGGAUUUAUCGAAUAAUAAGUUGAUCGGACCUAUGGCCAGGGAUUUGUUUAAGAAUAACCGUAAUCUCGAGCAACUGCUUCUGUCUGGUAACAGAGAGUUGAGUAAGUUGGUCGAAGAACCUGGAUUCGUCGAUGCUCAUAAAACCUUGUCGAAACUCGAGUUGGCUGAUUGCGGUUUGACUAAUAUGACUGCCGGACAGUUGACCGGAUUGGAUAAUUUGAAUGUAUUGAAUAUUAGUCAUAAUAUGAUCAAAUUUUUGGCAGCGGAUACGUUCGCCAAGAUGCAAAGCUUGCAUUAUUUGGACUUAUCGCACAAUAAGUUGGAAUCGUUGCCGAUGACGUUGUUCGCCUCGAACAAAGACCUGAGUAAAUUAUGGCUGAGAGGUAACCCGUUGAAGCAGUUAUCUUUGAACGUGUUCUCGUACACGGAGAACUUGAAGUUCUUGGAUGCCAGCGGAUGUGGUCUGGAAAAGCUGUGGGAUCAGCACAGACAUCCGUUAGAAGGACACAAGUUGCUGUCGAGACUUUCCUUCUUGGAUAUAUCGAAUAACAGCAUUAGUAACUUACAAGUUUACGAUUUCCAUACCAUGGAUGCGUUAGAAAUGAUCGACCUGGCUGGUAAUCCGAUCAUGUGCGUAUCACCUACGAUCCAGCUGAUCGAAUACUUCAUUAAGAAAGAGGUAGACCCGCAUCUUAGAUCGGAAAAAUUACUCGAAAACGGUAAACCAGAUAAAGUGAAAUGGAACGACAUCAUCACCGGAUUAUGCCCAGUUCGUCAAGAUCAACCAUCGUCCGCUCCGGUCGCCGUCUCUUUGUCCGAAUCGCAGCCUCGUAUUGCUCUGCCAUCAGAUGCGGCGAUCGCAGCUGCGGCCAAAGCUGAGAAAAUCUUGCAAGAUCAAGCCGUCUCGUCUCUGGUACCUGGAGCAGCUUUAAUGGAAAGCGCCCACAGUACUUAUACCAGAGUCGAUGAAAUAGUCGUCGAAGACUCGACUCCGUCGUCGUACGCUUCGUCCAUUAUGUGGCCUACCAUAUUAGCCGCAUCUGUACUAAUAGUCGCCUUGUACUUUAUUAUCUAUUUAGUCGGCGAAAUAACCCAUCGCAGGAGAACCGUGCUCGCAACGUAUGCCAGGCCAGGUUCGUUAGGUGGUCAUGUACGUACACGAGGCGCAUCCGGUUCUCCGCUUUAUUAUAAAUUGUACGAAGAAUGCAGCAUACCGGCGCAACCGGUUAAAACGAAAAAGAACUAUAUUUUAGAUUUCUCCCCCGUACAUACGAUUUUAAAAAAAGGUACCUACAAGAUUAUGAAGACGAACGAAGUUAACGUUUGAGAAAUACCGCCGCCGCCGCCGUAACCAGACCUACAGAAUUUACCUCUAGAGUCUCUCUACGUAAGGCGUGGUUUUCUUCUUAAAUGUAUUUUUCUUUUUCUUUUUUUUUUAUUUCGUUUUCGUUGUUUAGACUGUGAUAGCGUAUGAAUUUUUUUUCAUUAUUUCGAUGACGAUUUCUUCGAUACGACGUAUUGUACCUAAUUUGAAAAAAAUUUGGUGAUUAAGCUCGACGUACAUCUAUUUUUAAAUAUCGCAUUUGAACUCGUCAUUUUUGAUUAAUUUUCAAAAGAUUUUCAGUACGUCGUAUUGAGAUUUUUUUUCUCUUCAAAAAGGAAGAGUAAUUUGUAAUUUUUUUGUAGAGUACGCGUUGACCUGGUUUUCAUCAAAUUUCUCCCUGCACCGUCCAAUAUAUAAUAUGUACAAUCCUAACCGUUAUUUUUUUCUUGCCGAUCGAGAUAAUAAAUAUUCUUUGACAGAUAUCGAAUGUACCUAUAUAUUUUUAACGCAGCUGGUGAUAUUUUAAUGGAAUAUAUGCAUAUCUUUUUACCUAUACGGAGUUAAUCAAAAAGUUCGCGUUAAUUUUAUUUUUUAUUAAUAUUACGAAAUCGAGUUGGUAGGUUUAUUUUACACUUUCAACGUGUGUUUUUUUGUGUAAUAAUUUUAAUAAUUUUUAAUAAUCUACAAAGUAGGUAUUUUUUUUUUGUUUUUUUAAGGGACGAAAUUGUUAUUUAACGCGAUUUAUGCAUAUGAAAAUGUAGAGUACGAUUGUAAUUUUAUUACCAACAAAAAUGAAUAUAUUUAUUAUUUUAAUUUUGUUAUAGUUUUAAGAUACGUAUAUUUUUUUCUUCUUUUUUAUCCUCUUUUUUCCCCUUGGCUUAUUCUGUAUUUUUUUUUUCAAAAUGUAAAAAUUUAAAAGCUCGUGUGUACCAUACAUUGGCUAAUACCUAUACUUAUACCUGUACGAUUUUCAAGUCGUGUUUUAUGUUUUACUAUUUCUUAUUUUCAUUUUUUUAUUUUAUGAUUAUUACGAAGAUGUUUGUGUGUGUAAUAUUGUUUGCACACGAAGAAGAAAGUAUUAUUAAAAGUCGAUGGCUAUAAUGAUUUUCAGUAUGGGUUAUAUCGUUACACAUUCCCGUGUAUAUUUUAUAUUUUAAUGUGCGAUGUAAGUUUUUAUUUUCGCAAUUAUAUUUUUUUCAUGUUUUC